AAACAUAGCAAGCUCAAUCGACAAUAAACGAUCCUUAAAGUCAACUUCCGUUUAAUUUUGUACGUUUUUUUUCUUGUUUUCGACUUGUGUUAUUAAUAACCAACCAAUCGACCAAAAAUAUGUUAUUAACCAGUUUUGUUGUCUCAAUGGUUUUACCAUUGGUUCAACCUUUGGUUCAACCUUUGGUUUUAGUCGUCAACUGUCUCCAAUGUUACCCUCAAUUAUUAUAAAGGAUAAUUAAGCGGCAUCAUUUUAAUCAAGUGGAGAUCGAUUUCGAUGUCAAUUGUUUAGUAAACAUGACCUUUUUCACGACGAUUCUCAUCGGAUAGGAUUUCAAGUAUACUUGGGUCAAAUUUUGGAGUCUCUCAACUAUUAACUGCAUUAAGGUCUCAGCAUGAAACAAGGAAGCACAAUUUACAUCUAAUCAAGAAUCAUGCAAACAUGAGAAAUCUCGUCUUCACCCUUACAGUCACAUUUGUUGUCUUUCUUUCCCAGACUGAUUUGUCCGUUUCAAGGAAACCCAAAUUAGGAUCAAACAAAAAAUGUGUCCUCAGAGAAAUGGAUAAAAAGGCUGAAAUUGUUUUUGUGUUUGGUCGAAGAGAUGUUUACUUACCCAAAAAUCCAACCGAGAUGGUUCCUCAUUGCAAAGAAGAGUUUGAUGCUGAAGAUUUUGUCAAAUCAUACUCAAGACGUUGUUUGAAACCUCUGCCAAGACAAAUCAUUGGAGUCAUAUUGAUGGGAGCAUCUCAAGUGAUUAAACAACGAUGUACGCCAGAAGGAACAACUGAAUAUUUAAGCCAUUAUGAAUGCAUUCACAACACAAUACCUCAUUUGCAUGACUGCAUGGACCAGCUUGUUGUCAGCUUACAUGAAAUUACCAAAAAACCAGUGGAAGAAAGGAUUCCUCAAGCAUGUUGUUCCUUCAGCAGAUAUAUUUCAUGUUCAGUCAAACCUGUUCGUAAAAUGUGUCCCAAAGAUCCGUCCGCUGAAGAUUACAUCGCCGUUAAAAUGAUCAAGGGUUAUGCAAGUGAAGUCUUGGAUAUGGUGUGCCAAGGAUAUGAUCUUGGUGGAGAGAAAUGUAACAGAAUAACAUUACCUGAUGGCGGUUUCAAAGAUGAAUCAGGUCAAUUGUUGGUUCCAAUCCGAAACAUUACUGAUCGUCCUCAUUCAAUCAUACCGCCCUUUAUGGACAUCUUCACACAAAAUUAGUUAACCUCUUGAGAUGAAUUUUUCUUACACGGAGGAAGAUGAUUAUUAUUAUUAUAAAUGGUCAACUAAUUGCGCAUCAGUCAAAAAUCAAUGAGCAAAGUUGAUUGUACCUUGCUUUGAUAUCUUUUUAUGCAGGUAUAAAACCACCGUUAACCAGUUAUUCGUUUAUUUUUGUUACAAUUUAUUAUCAUUCUCCUCCAAUCUAUUGUAUUUGACAUUUCAUUUAUUGCACAUUUGAUAAAUUUCUCGAUAUUGUCAUGUUCAA